AUGCCGCCUCUUUUGACCCUUCUCCUUUACCACAAAGUCUCCGCUCAAAGGCUGUACCUGGACAACAGACCCGGAAUGCCAAUCCUACCAAGCUCCCCUCUCAUCCCGCAAGAGCACGAACAAAUCGGUCUCAAUCCAGCACUCUCACGAGAAAUCCUAGCAGAUCUGAAACAAUAUCCGAAUCUCAAGAACUGUGUCUACGUCCGUCACUGGCACGAUAAGAAAAAUGCUCAGUGGUGCGUGUUGCUCCAAGACACGACUGUUCAGCCUGUUAUUUUGAAAACAGAACACCCUAUUCCAGAAACUCUCUUCGUGGAUUCUGUUGAGAACUUCAACACUGCAUCCGCCAAGAAACCCGGCGCGAAACCCUCUGUGGAGUCUGCCCACGAUGCAUCAGGGAUCGUCGUAGAGAAUACUAUGGGAGAGACUACUGAAGUGAACAUCGAAUCGACUGCAGAGAUAGACGAUUCCUUGUUCGUUGAACAAGCUCCCUUGGCCAUAGGUGGUCAGAUCCCAAGGGACAGAUGGCUGGAGCGUGAGUUCCCUGCAUUCGACAAUGAUCUGAUGUCGGUCAAUUUCAGCGAUUUAGCACAGCAUAUUGCUAUUGAAUAG